AUGGCCCCUUACAUCCACACCGGGCCGGUUAACUGCGACCAGGACUUCGAUCCCAGCAGUGUGAAGGGAAAGACUGCCAUUGUCACGGGAGGUGCUAGUGGUCUUGGUGAAGCUUAUGUGCGAGCGCUCGUCGCCGCCGGGGUCUACGUCUGCUUCGGAGAUAUCGACUCGGAAAGAGGACAACGCCUGGCGGCCGAGCUGCCCAGGACUAAAUUUGUUUCCUGCGACGCCGGCCGCUGGGAUGACCAAGUCCGACUCUUUGAAAAAGCAGUUUCUCUCUCUCCGAACGGCCGCAUCGCCUACGUGGUGGCCAACGCCGGGAUUCAUCGCCCGGAUGAAGUCUUCGAGCAGCCACACCCGGACCACGAGCCUUCCGAACCGGAUUUGACCAUCAUCGACAUUAACAUCAAGGGCCCAUUGUACACGGCCAAGUUGGCCGCCCACUAUUUCAUCCGCCAAAACGGUUCAUCGCCCACCCUUGACCAGGAGGAUACCUGCCUCAUCCUCAUCGGCUCAGGGGCGGCGUUCCUGGACUGUCCCCGAGGGCCGCAGUACAGUGCGAGCAAAUGGGCCAUGCGGGGCAUCAUGCAUUCGCUACGGAGGACCACCUACUAUUACGGUUCCCGGGUCAACGUGAUUUCUCCUUGGUAUGUCCGAACCAAUAUUUUGCCCGAGAAGACGUUUGCCCACAUCUCCAAUGUUGGGGUUCAAUUCGCCACGCCUGAGGAUGCGGGGCAGUGUCUACUUCGGAUACUUAGUGAUCCUAGCGUCAACGGUCACUCCUUCUUCGUCACAGCCAGGAAAUGGGCGUCCCGGGGAUAUGUGGAUUUGGAUUUGGAUGAUUACCCAGGCAAUGCGCUGCUCGGAGAGAUCCAAGAAGAGCAGAUGCUGAGUGCCCCGGUUUCGGCGGGGUUGUUCAUUUGA